GGGGGGGCGCGCGGUUCAGAGCUCAUUGCUGCAGGUGCCAGAGCAGCAACCAGCCGGGGGCAGAAGGUGUUUGUUGCCGUGUGACUCGGGCGCCAUGCGUGAGAUCGUGCACAUCCAGGCUGGCCAGUGCGGGAACCAGAUCGGAGCCAAGUUCUGGGAGGUCAUCAGUGAUGAGCAUGGCAUUGACCCCACUGGCAGCUACCAUGGCGACAGUGACUUGCAGCUAGAAAGGAUCAACGUUUACUACAAUGAAGCUGCUGGUAAUAAGUAUGUACCCCGUGCAAUCCUUGUCGAUUUGGAGCCUGGUACAAUGGACUCUGUCCGAUCUGGACCAUUUGGCCAAAUCUUCAGACCUGACAACUUUGUCUUUGGUCAGAGUGGUGCUGGAAACAACUGGGCAAAAGGCCACUACACAGAGGGAGCUGAGCUAGUGGACUCUGUCCUGGAUGUGGUAAGGAAAGAAUCGGAAAGCUGUGACUGUCUACAGGGUUUCCAGCUGACCCAUUCUCUAGGUGGUGGCACAGGGUCUGGGAUGGGAACUCUCCUCAUCAGCAAAAUUAGGGAGGAGUACCCAGACCGUAUCAUGAACACCUUCAGUGUAAUGCCAUCUCCGAAGGUGUCAGACACAGUGGUUGAACCCUACAAUGCCACCCUUUCUGUCCACCAGUUGGUGGAGAAUACAGAUGAAACCUACUGUAUUGACAAUGAGGCCUUGUAUGACAUUUGCUUCCGCACACUGAAACUCACAACCCCUACCUAUGGGGAUCUCAACCACCUGGUCUCCAUUACCAUGAGUGGUGUGACAACCUGCCUCAGGUUUCCUGGACAGCUGAAUGCUGAUCUCCGCAAGCUGGCAGUCAAUAUGGUGCCUUUCCCUCGUCUGCAUUUCUUCAUGCCAGGGUUUGCCCCUCUAACUAGCCGUGGAAGCCAGCAGUACCGGGCUCUGACGGUGCCAGAGCUAACACAGCAGAUGUUUGAUUCUAAAAACAUGAUGGCAGCCUGUGAUCCCCGCCAUGGCCGCUACCUGACUGUGGCAGCAAUAUUCCGUGGCCGAAUGUCCAUGAAGGAGGUGGAUGAGCAGAUGCUCAAUGUCCAGAACAAAAACAGCAGCUACUUUGUCGAAUGGAUCCCCAAUAAUGUCAAGACGGCUGUCUGUGACAUUCCCCCCCGUGGCCUCAAAAUGUCUGCCACUUUCAUUGGGAACAGCACAGCCAUUCAGGAGCUGUUCAAGAGAAUCUCUGAGCAGUUCACGGCCAUGUUCCGGCGUAAGGCUUUCUUGCACUGGUACACUGGUGAGGGCAUGGAUGAGAUGGAGUUCACUGAAGCAGAGAGCAACAUGAAUGACCUGGUCUCAGAAUAUCAGCAAUACCAAGAUGCCACUGCUGAUGAGCAGGGGGAAUUUGAAGAGGAAGGAGAGGAGGAUGAGGCUUAAGGCAGUUGGUACCAGAGGAACUCUACUAAAGCAGGCAUGUGGUUGGAAUGAAUUCUGAUAAUGGUGAUAAAAUAAAGCAUGUUUUUUUGCCAUGUACUUGAUUAUCCUCUUUCAGCAUUAUGUAACUUUAACGAAGAUCUCUAUGUAAUAAUUGUCAAGUCAAGUUUAUUGACAGCAUUGAUCUUAAAGUUUAAGACACAUAAAGGCAUGUGUUCAAAAUG